UUUUUUGCUUAGAGAAAGUGGUCAGUAAAUAUUUCCCAUUAGCCUUUGAAGAUUAAAGGAGAAAGAAGAUUGAGAGAGAGGGAUUUGCCCCAGCUGAGUGCCUGUCUGGUGGUUGUCUCUUUAAAAUUUCCUUUGUUCCCUUACUUUAAGAUGCCAGAUGUACAGACUACAAAGCGGUAGAGAGAGAAUGUUCCUGGUGUCAGAGAGAAAGAUGAGAACCCAUCAAGUGUUUCCCUUGCCCCUGCUCCUGGUGAUUGCCUCCGUGGCUUCAGAGAACGCCAGCACGUCUCGGGGCUGUGGGCUGGACCUUCUUCCUCAGUACGUGUCCCUGUGCGACCUGGACGCCAUCUGGGGCAUCGUGGUGGAGGCAGUGGCCGGGGCGGGGGCCCUGAUCACACUGCUUCUGAUGCUCAUUCUCCUGGUGAGACUGCCCUUCAUCAAGGACAAGGAGAGGAAGCGGCCUGUGUGCCUCCAUUUCCUCUUCCUGCUGGGGACCCUGGGCCUCUUUGGCCUGACGUUUGCCUUCAUCAUCCAAAUGGACGAGACAAUCUGCUCCAUCCGACGAUUCCUCUGGGGUGUCCUCUUCGCACUCUGCUUUUCCUGCCUGCUGAGCCAGGCGUGGCGGGUACGGAGGCUGGUGCGCCAGGGCACAAGCCCAGCCAGCUGGCAGCUGGUGAGCCUGGCACUGUGCCUGAUGCUGGUGCAGGUCAUCAUUGCCACUGAGUGGCUGGUGCUGACUGUGUUGCGUGACACGAAGCCAGCCUGCGCCUAUGAGCCCAUGGAUUUUGUGAUGGCGCUCAUCUAUGACAUGGUGCUGUUGGCCAUCACCCUGGCCCAGUCCCUCUUCACGCUGUGUGGCAAGUUCAAACGGUGGAAGGUGAACGGAGUCUUCAUCCUCGUCACUACCUUCCUCUCUGUGCUCAUCUGGGUGGUCUGGAUGACCAUGUACCUCUUCGGCAACUCGUUAAUUAAGCAGGGAGAGGCCUGGAGCGACCCCACCUUGGCCAUUACACUGGCAGCCAGCGGAUGGGUCUUUGUCAUCUUCCAUGCCAUUCCGGAGAUCCACUACACCCUUCUCCCACCCCUGCAGGAGAACCCACCCAACUACUUCGACACUUCACAGCCCAGGAUGCGGGAGACAGCAUUUGAGGAGGAAAUGCACCUGCCACGGGCCUACAUGGAGAACAAGGCCUUCUCAAUGGAUGAACAUAAUGCAGCUCUACGAGUGGGCUUUUCCAAUGGAAGCUUGGAGCAAAGAUCCAGCAGCCUGGGAAGGAAGCCCAACAGCUUGGGAAGCCGGCCCAGUGCACCGUUCAGAAGCAACGUGUAUCAGCCGACCGAGAUGGCCGUUGUGCUCAAUGGAGGGACUAUCCCAACUGCUCCGCCAUCUCACACGGGAAGACAACAUUGGUGAAAGACCUUAAGUUCCAGAGAAUA